AUGGCAGGAAAUUUUACGGAAAAUGUAACAUUGGAGAAUGGCGGUGUGAUGGUAUUAAAUGAGAUUGCUCAAAUAAAUCUUAUAACUGCAACAAGUGCUAGCUUAAUAGGCUCGUUAUUUAUUAUUGGAAUAAAUAUCCUCUUUAUAUGUGCAGUGGCAAAGACAAAUACCGGGAAAUCACUCCUUAGUGACUUGUAUGUUAUGCUCUCCAUGUCUGAUCUAAUAUUUGGUUUGGUUUCACUACCUAUGUAUGUAACUUUAAUGACGGGUUAUAUAAAUAAAAUAUCAUCUCCUAACAUUCUUUGGGCUCAAAUGUUUAUAAGCUAUCUGUUUGGCAUUACGUCGAUGACAGCAAUAGGCGCAAUCACUUUGGAAUUGUAUUUAGCCGUGACAAAGCCAUUGACAUAUGUGGCAAGAAAACAAAAAAAUACUCUGGGGAAUUUGUUGCUUGUAUGUUGGUUGGUUAACAUUACUUUUGCAACUGUUUCUUACUUGGUUGAUCGCUCCUUUUACCAUGAAAGCUACAAACUCACGGCGAUAGCUUACGGUUGUAGUGUUGUGAUAUUCAUGGGGAUAUGCCAGCUGAAAAUUCAUGUUUAUCUUCGAACUGGUCAAAGUAGAAGCAAUCUACGUAAUAAAAAAGCCGCGAACGUUGCGUUAAUGACACUGUUGGUUUAUUUGGCUUGCUUUUUACCAGGUGGCAUUAACUCUUAUCUUAGUUUGUAUGUUUUUCGAGAUUCCGAUUUUCGUGCAGCAUUCAUAGAUCCUUGGGUAUACCUAAUAACAAUGUCCAACUCCUUUUUUGAUACCAUCGUUUAUGGGUUUCGUUCCAAACGGUUAAAUUUUCGUGCAUUCCUCAAAACAUUCCAAGACCGAAGGCGCGCAUCAUCGACCAGUAAUAUGUAA